AUGAAUGAAACUUAUGAUGACUGCGUAACAACUCGACUUCAAAGAGAACAACAGGCUAAAACGGGAAAUCAACAGUCUCGAGAUCCGAAUCAGCCGUUGGAACAUCCGACGUCGACGACACCGCCAGCAACAUCCGCACCCACUCCCAGCACCGCAGUGUCUGUCGACAGCCCUCCGUCGACCGUUACGACGACUACCACCACCACGUCCACGUCAAGCCCGGCGACGACAACCUCCGUACUGCCGUCUACGCCGCCACCGUCGGCCGUUUCAACGUCAGAUAAAACCGUGGUCGGUGGUUCGAUGACACCGACAGUUUCUGGAGUGACUACUACCCCGACAACCGCGAUAUCGAACUGUAUAUCUUCUUCUAGUACAUCUGUGAUUACGACUAGCAGUAGUGGCGCGAUCGUGACGGCGUCCACGGCGACGACGACGCCGUCCGUCGUCGUUUCGGCGUCCGUGACCGUGACGACGAUGAACGAUAAAGAAUCGACUCCGAUGGAGGUGGACACAGUUACGGAAGACGUGAAACCGAAGACUUUUUUGGGGUUUGGUUCGAUGGACGAGUACAUGGCGAAGAGCAGUUACUUCGAAGAGGUCGGCGGUUGCGGAACCGGCAGCGGUAAAGACGGCGCGGCUGUAAUUUUGGACGGGCAGAAGCAGAAGAGCGUUGUGGUGGACGGAACUACGAGCCUGAAGAUGGAGGUCGAAUCAGCCCAGGAAAUCAUCAGGUUAGUUGAAAAAUUUGAUAGUCGUAAAGUAUUGGAUGGAAUAAUGUAG